AUGAGCAAUCCUAAGGCAAGACGUACCCGAUGUGACAAACUACACCAUAGCGUCCCGGAGCCCUAUAGGGGGUACGCGCCCCAAUCAUCUCUUGAGUCACCCCCCUCUCCACAACACCCCGCAACCCCGGCGCUAAGGCUAGGACGGCAGCCAACCCAGCAAGAACUCGCCCCACCCAGGGACCACCCCCCGCCGACCCAUCAGGCACUGCAGCAAGCCCAUCGAGACGGCAGGGAACAUGGCCGGCUAAAACAAGCAUCAGACACGCUUUCCAUUACUGAUGAACGGAAGCCCCUGUAUCUGAGCCAGGUCAGAGCCCUGUCAGAUAUUAUCAAUAUAAUCCGCCAGGAGUCUGAGCCUGACCUGAGCCGGUCGGAACCCCGUCACAAACCAGUUCACACUCACGUCCAAGGUGUCCUCAUCCCGGUCUACUACACGAAUGUGAUCCAUUACGUCAGGUACCAAGUGUAUGUGAUCGAUGGCAAUCCCCGAAGUCAGCGCCCGUGGUUAAAAGGCGAGCAAUCAGUAGGCGCGACCGACGCCCACGAAGAAGGCGAGGACGACAGCUCCUCCAGCCCAGCACCCGACCCCCGCUCCAGACCCCUGCUCCAGCCCCCUGUCCAGGACCCCAGCUCGACCUGCACAGGCCUAGCUGACUUCACCAUGCUCCUCCUCCUCCUGGUUUUGGUGACUGUCAAUCACAUGACAGAAAUUGCAUUGAGGUCUGGAAAUAAAGCAUGUACUGCUGACGGAAAGCUGCUCUCCUGUACAGACGAAUCCAAGAUGAUUUCUUCUCCAUGCAAAUUGUGUAAAGACGGAGAGUGUCUGAUCAACAACCUGUGUACUGUGACCGGAAACCAAGUCCAAAACCUCAAUGGAAAGGUGGUGACCAUCCCUGACCGCUGCACCUACGACAUGGCCAUCAACAGAAACUUGUACAGCGUAAAAGCAUUCUUCAGAGAGCACAGACGCAAAGAUGUCUCUGUGCUGGACGCUCUGGAGUUGACUGGCAAAGCUACCGUCUUCCUGUUUAGACAGGGGCAAGUGAAGGUGAACGGUUCCGUUGUGAACCUGACGUCUCCGGUGUCGCUGGAUGGAGCCAACAUUUCCAAAACAUCCUCAGGGUUCUCCUUCAUCGCUGAACAUUUUAGAAUGUACUUUAAAGGAGACGCGGCGACCAUCGGCAUUCCUGAUGACCAUUCUGCCAACUACAGUGGUGUGUGUAAUUCUUCUACGCCAGAAAGCAACAAGGACAAUAAUCUGAGUGAGGACGGCUGCGGCCUCCUGAACUCCUCCAUCCUCUCCUCCUGCUUUUCCAUCGCGGAAGGGAAUGAGUUGAUGAAGAUGUGUGAAAACUUCCUGUGCAAAUAUCCGUCUGUAGACACCGCUCGCUGCAUGUUCCAUGAGACUUUAGCCAUGACCUGUGACCUCCUCGAGAAACCAGUGGCCAACUGGAGGAACCAGACGCAAUGUGAAGCUACUGCGGGGAAAUGUGUGGACACUUUCUGCGCUGAGAACGAGUUCUGUGCUCUGGAAGACGGAAAAGAGACAUGUCUCUGCCGCGCUGUGUUUGCCUCACGUUAUCGACCCAACAACACUUUCGGGGAGCCCACAGUGUGUAGCGAGAGCUCGGGGUCUCUCUCCCUGGCCCUGUGUCUGCUGAAGGAGAAAAACAUCCAUUAUGAUAAGCUCCAGCUGAUCGACCCAAACUGCACCGGCCUCGUCGACAAGGACAAGGGCCUGCUCACGUUUAGCUUCAACAGCACCGACAUGUGUGGCACCAAUGUCACGGUGGAGAACGACAGUGUUAUGCACAAAAAUAAAGUGAUGCUGUCCAACACAACGUCUGGUCUGAUCACACGUGCAGACCAGUUUGAGCUGGACUUCUCCUGCUUCUACAGCAUGCCCCAGGUCCAGACUGUGGGACUGAAGAUCAAGGACAGCUUGGUUAUGGCGACCAUCACAGCGGGCAACUGGACUUAUAACCUGAGCAUGAAGGCUUACGGGGACGAGGGCCGGACCAAAGCUCUGACCCCAGGAGAUAAUAUCACCCUGGACCAGACUGUGUGGGUGGAGCUCCGCACAGAGGGACUGGACCAGGACCUGGUCAAACUGGUGACGGACUCCUGCUGGGCCACCAGUGAGGCGGACACCAACUCCACGCUCAAAUACGAGCUGGUGAAGAUGGGCUGUGCCAAUGCUGCAGACGAGUCCGUGACGGUGCACCAGAACGGCCUGGGAACCUUCAACUACUUCUCCUUCAACACCUUCAAGUUCAGCGGAACCUCCUCCUCAGACCUGUACCUGCACUGUGAGGUGUCUCUAUGUGUGAAGGACUGUGCCCCGGUAACACAACUACACAACCCUCUGUAA